AAAAUUGUUGGUCUGUUACACAGUCAAUUAUCACCAUCUUGUCAACCUAGUCUUCUCCUUCCUCACCCUAAACAACCACAAAAUAAUUAAAAGGUCAGAAAAUGACUCAUGUGAAUAUAAACGAAACUUCUCUCAACUAAGAAGAUGAUCAUGUUUUUUUAAUUAAACUCCUCUGUUUUUAUUUUUCUUGCAAAUAUUAUUCCAAAUUUCUAAGAAAAAGAAGCAAAGUAAAUAAAUUUCUAGGGUUUUUAAUUUUCUUCUGAAUUUGUCAUAAAAUGGAGUCUGUAUACAUUUCUAGACACCAUACUCACAAAAUUGGAGCUAAUCAGUGUUCCUCUGCUCUUACUCAACACAUCAAGGCUCCAGUUGACCUUGUAUGGUCUUUGGUCAGGAGAUUUGAUCAACCUCAGAAGUAUAAGCCGUUUAUAAGCCGGUGCAAAGCGAGUGGGGAGCUUAAGAUCGGAAGUGUAAGAGAAGUGAAUGUUAGAUCAGGUCUUCCUGCCACAACUAGCACUGAAAGAUUGGAGCUUCUUGAUGAUGAAGAGCAUAUUCUCAGCGUCCGAAUUGUUGAUGGUGAUCACAGGCUCAAGAAUUACUCCUCGAUCAUUACAGUUCACCCUGAGAUAAUCGAUGGGAAGAUGGGGACAUUAGUCAUAGAAUCAUUUGUAGUCGAUGUACCAGAAGGGAACACGAAAGAGGAAACAUGCUACUUUGUUGAGGCCUUAAUCAACUGCAACCUCAAAUCAUUAGCUGAUGUCUCAGAGAGGAUGGCAAAUGCAUGUUAGCAGGCACAGGGAACUCGAUUUAUAGUAUAAAUAUCUCGUGUUUGGUUGCUUGAAAGUCGAUCCUCUUUAUUUCGUUGAUCCUUGCUUGGUUCCUUGAAGCUUCGAGGAGAUUGUCAUGGACAAUUGUUUGCAUCCUUUUUUUGUCGUGCUUUGGAUGCAGGAGCUGUUGCCUCCCAGGCUUCAUGAUUACUUAAUUUUUAUGUGAGCUUGUAUUUAAAGCAAUCCUUGAUGAACCUUUGCUGUAUAUGUAAGUUUAUUCCAAGUGCUGCAGUUGUACAUAAUUGAUGUAUGGAACUACACUCUUGCAAGAGUGACAUAUCAUGUAUGUAGUGGCAAGUGUGAAUGUUACUUUUCUACUUGAAGGUAAUUAAGUUUGCAUCUGUAAAUUACUUCCUCAAGUUAAAGCUUCCGAGCACGAGAAAGUUGCAAUAAAAUAACAGCAUAAGGUAAGAAUUUGAUUUUA